AUGGUCUCUUCACUCGGCAAUGGUAAUGGCAGUAUUCCAAAUCGACUCGGCAGUCACAGAGUUGGCUCGCACAUCAGCAACGGAGGAGCCCAUGGCACGACCCGCUCCUCACCACGAAAGAAGCUGAUUCUCAAUGCCUUCGUGGAGAUGUGUCUUUGGCGACAUCCUGACGACAAGUCUUCAAACUUCAACUCAAUCCAGCACUGGAUUGACCUAGCUGUGCUCCUGCAAUCCGCUCCGGCGCCCAAUGGCCCGUGA